AUCCAUUAACUACUCUCCUACUCCUCUCAUCAUCUUCUUCAUCUGCUCUCUCCCUUCCUGCCUGCCCGUCUGAGCUCACUCUGCUCGUUCCUUCAAUUCCUCGUUGGUGAUCCGUCUCCGGUCACCCACGCCGUCAUCAUCGUCGCCGUCGUCGUCAUCUUCUCCUUCUUCAUCCACUUCUCCGUCGCUGCUGUGUCAUAUUGUCUGCACUUUCAGUUCAACCUUGAGUCUGGAUCCUUCCAUUUCCGCAGUUCCUUGAUCACAACCCUAUAAAAGCCUCCCCAGCAUGUAAGAUUUUUCACCUUCCGAUCCGCACCAAACCCAACCAAAAAAAAAAAAAAGUCAUCUUCAUUUCAUGCAACUCUAUUAGCAUCUAUCCGUAUAGUCUAGCCUUCGCAGUGGCUCGUCCCGCUCCUCGUAUUCCUUAGCAACACAUUGAUAAAAGCUGUCACAGUAUGUAAUUUUCGAUCUUUCAAACCCAGAAACCAGACCAAGAAAACCCAAAAAAAAAAAGUAGUUUUUUCCAUCUUCCUGUAAUGUUAGUAGCUAUAUAGAACGUAUCUAGUGUUCUCAGUCCUGGACCGGGUCGAGACGAAAGUGUAACCACAAUUCUAUAAAAACCUACGAAUCAUGUAACAGUCCCCCGCUUCACAAAUCCUCGAUUCCCAAAAAAAAAAAAAAAAAAAAAAAGAGUGUGUUUUUGUUACAUCGAUCGAAAGUUUGUGUGAUCAUCUCUGGUGUUAGUUAGUCGGGAUCGCCAUCAUGUCGGAAUCCAGGACACCGAGAGCGCCGGAGUCCCCGACGGCAGCAUCCGCGCCGGCCACACCGGGGACGCCGGCGCCGCUGUUCCCGUCGAUGAGGAUAGACUCGCUGUCCUACGACAGGAAGUCAAUGCCAAGGUGCAAGUGCCUGCCGGUGUAUGCUCCCACGUGGGGUGAGCCUCACACGUGCUUCACUGACUUCCCCACCCCCGACAUCGCCCUCACCCGCAAGCUAGGAGCCGAGUUCGUCGGGACCUUCAUCCUCAUAUUCGCCGCGACGGCUGGGCCGAUCGUGAACCAGAAGUACACCAACUCCGAAACCCUGAUCGGCAAUGCAGCCUGCGCCGGCCUUGCUGCCAUGAUUAUUAUCCUGUCCACUGGCCACAUCUCGGGGGCCCACCUCAACCCGUCCCUCACCAUCGCCUUCGCGACCUUCCGCCACUUCCCUUGGGUCCAAGUGCCUGCAUAUAUAGUCGCCCAGGUCUCGGCUUCCAUCUGUGCCUCGUUUGCUCUCAAGGGUGUCUUCCAUCCUUACAUGUCGGGUGGGGUCACCGUUCCCUCCGUCGGCCUUGGCCAGGCCUUUGCCCUCGAGUUCCUCAUCACUUUCAAUCUCUUGUUUGUCGUCACUGCGGUCGCCACAGACACUCGUGCAGUUGGAGAGUUAGCCGGUAUAGCAGUCGGGGCCACAGUUUUGCUCAACAUCCUUGUCGCGGGACCAUCGAGCGGCGGUUCCAUGAACCCUGUGAGGACUCUGGGACCCGCGGUGGCAGCCGGAAACUACAGGGCCCUGUGGAUCUACCUGCUAGCACCCACCCUCGGCGCACUGGCCGGCGCAGGCGCGUACACCAUUGUGAAGCUUCAGGAUGAUGAUGCGGAACCGCCCCGCCAGGUCCGGAGCUUCCGGCGCUAGGGGAGACUGUUCCGCAGCGGCAGAAACGGAAAUCUUGUCUGGACUAGGUGUAUAUGUGAUCGGAAUUGUCAGUGGCAUCAAACCGUCGGCCCGCAUGGGUCCUACGGGGAUCCGCUGCUGUCUGGUUCUUAUGGCAUCUAGCCUAGGCAAGAUAAAGACUGGAUUGAUAUAUAUACAUCGGUGUGUCACAACCAUUAGUAGUGGAGGAGACUGUUCGGACAUCUCUUACCACAGUGGUGUGUGUUGAUACGAUACAAUGUGUGUGAUGUGAUGCGGGUGAAAAGCCCUAUAAGUAGAAAGGAAAAGGGAAAUAAAGGCAACGAAGGGGACUAUGUGAUCGAAAACCAUCCUCGAUCGGCCAACGGUUUGAAUAAUGUCGGGCACUAUGUGUGAUAGGUGAUGUGCCUAAUAAUGUCCUUUUGACAAUUAAGGUUUGAUGUGUGUGCGUGUUUGCAUUAGUCAUGUGUGGCGUGUCUGUGUGCUGUGUGCUGUUUAAUAAUAGUAAUGAUGAUGAACAAAGUGCUUUGGCACAUGUGAAAUUAUUGAGCGUGUUGGAAGAAUGUCUUGUUUGUGAUA